AUGUUGUGCGCCAGGGCUCUGUUGCACGUCGCCCUGCUUUCCGGGGCGGCUCUGGCACAAUGUCUAGACUACACAGACUAUUCAGAAGAGCGUCACCCUCCCUACACCAAUGGCACCUUCCAGCUUUCCUAUAUGCGGCCUGACCCAGCAUGCCGUACCUUCAACUCGUCCGAUGUCGAGGCCAUCAUUGUCGAGAUGCAGAGUGUCAUCACCGACCCCGACCUGUACCGACUCUUCCAGAACGCCUAUCCGAAUACCCUGGACACCGCCAUCAAGUGGAAGGGAUACGCCGCGAAUAACUCGGACGAGGAACUCACCUUUGUGAUCACUGGAGACAUCAACGCCAUGUGGCUUCGGGACUCAGCAAACCAGAUGCAAUCCUACCUUCCAGUACUGAAAGCGAAUUCUUCCGCAGACAGUAUUGCCUCUCUGUACCGAGGCGUGAUCAAUCUCCACACCCGCUACAUCCUGACAGAUCCAUACUGCAACUCUUUCCAGCCCCCUGUCGAGUCAAACCUCUCGGCCUCGGUCAACAGUGCCGCGACAGACGACGUCGUCAAGCCAACCUACAGCAACACGAGCGUCUUCGAGUGCAAGUACGAGCUCGACAGCCUGGCAGCGUUUCUUGAGGUGUCCACAAACUACUACAACGCGACCCAGGACCUGGACUUCUUUGGCAAGUUUCAGUGGAUCGCAGCCGUGCAGGAGGUGCUGAACACGGCCAACGCCAUGAUGACGCCGACGUAUGGGGCCAACGGCGCAGUCCUCGACUCCCCAUACACGUUUGAGCGCACAACGGACCGCGCAAGCGAGACCCUGGAGAACAACGGUCUCGGCAGCCCCGUAGCCAAUGGGACAGGCCUCGUGCGCUCGGCCUUCCGCCCGAGCGAUGAUUCUACCAUCUUCCAGCUGUUCAUUCCGGCCAAUAUGAUGUUCUCGCGGUAUCUGGCCUCUGCGGCCCAGAUCAUGGCAGCUCUUGGCGAUGCUGCCCCGUCCGGGCUGGCUGAUGAGAUGACAGCCCUGUCGGACUCGAUACGAGCCGCCGUUCAGAGAUAUGGCAUCAUCACGAGCCCCGUCACGGGCACGCAGGUCUAUGCGUACGAAGUCGAUGGGUUUGGGAGUGUUGUGAUGAUGGAUGACGCCAACAUCCCUUCUCUGCUGUCGGCUCCUUUUUUCGGGUUCCUGGAUGUGGACGAUGAGGUCUACCAGAACACCAGGGCUAUCGUCUUGGACCAGACGGGCACCAACGGGAACCCGUAUUUCAUGCGCGGGCCGGUCAUCAAUGCUGUUGGUGGACCGCACGAUGGUCCAGGUUUUGCCUGGCCGAUGGCUAGCAUCAUGAGGAUCUACACGAGCAAUGACGAAGCCGAAAUCACGGAAGCGCUGGGGGAAAUCGUGAGCAGUACUGAUGGGCUAGGCUUGAUACAUGAGAGCAUCAACACCUUUAACCAGAGUGACUGGACCAGGCAGUGGUUUUCUUGGGCAAAUGGAUUAUUUGGACAGAUGAUUUUGAAUCUCAAUGACACCAAGCCGGAGAUCCUUAAGCAGAGUUACCAAUCGUUCUGA